CCACUGAACGAGAGCGAGCUGCCUCCAGCGCUGGCCUCCCGGAGCCCAGAGCCAUGCUAGCGCAGGACGCGCCGCGGCGGCCCUCGGCCGUGCACUUCCUCAGCUCCUUCCUGCAGGGCCGCCGGCAUUCCACCUCAGACCCGAUCCUGCGGCUGCAGCAGGCCCGGAGGGGCUCUGCUGCUGCUUCUAAUCUGCUGUCCUCGUCCUCACUCCAGGUGAUGGUGGCUGUGUCCUCCGUCAGCCACGCCGAGGGGAGCCCCACUUUCCCCGAGAGAAAAAGGAAUUCAGGACGUCCAACUGCAAAGUACACAAAAGUAGGAGAGCGUUUACGGCAUGUCAUUCCUGGACACAUGGCGUGCUCCAUGGCGUGUGGUGGUAGAGCAUGCAAGUACGAGAACCCAGCCCGCUGGAGCGAGCAGGAGCAAGCCAUUAAGGGAGUUUACUCAUCCUGGAUCACAGACAACAUCCUGGCUAUGGCACGCCCAUCCUCGGAGCUUCUGGAGAAGUACCGCAUCAUUGAGCAGUUCCUCGGCCAUGGCAUCAAAACAGUCAUCAACCUGCAGCGCCCUGGUGAGCAUGCAAGCUGUGGGAACCCUCUGGAGCAAGAGAGUGGCUUCACAUAUCUUCCCGAGACUUUCAUGGAGGCCGGCAUCUAUUUCUACAAUUUUGGAUGGAAGGAUUAUGGCGUAGCGUCUCUUACCACUAUUUUGGAUAUGGUGAAGGUGAUGACGUUUGCUUUACAGGAAGGAAAAGUAGCAAUCCAUUGUCAUGCAGGUCUCGGUCGAACAGGUGUUUUAAUAGCCUGUUACUUAGUUUUUGCAACAAGAAUGACUGCUGACCAAGCGAUUAUAUUUGUGCGGGCAAAGCGACCCAAUUCCAUACAAACCAGAGGACAGCUGCUCUGUGUAAGGGAAUUCACUCAGUUUCUGACCCCUCUUCGCAAUAUAUUCUCUUGCUGUGAUCCCAAAGCUCAUUCUGUCACCUUAGCUCAGUAUCUGAUUCGCCAACGUCACCUGCUUCACGGUUACGAAGCACGACUUCUGAAACACGUGCCCAAAAUCAUCCACCUGGUUUGCAGACUGCUGUUAGACCUCACCGAGAACAGGCCAGUGGUGGUGAAGGACGUGUUUGAAGGCCCCAGUCUCUCUGCUGAAAUUGAAAAGACUGUGUCUGAGAUGGUCACAGUGCAGUUGAAUGAAGGAUUACUGAGGCAUGACAGUGACACGUCUGACCCAUUUCCCACUGCUGCAGAGAAUCCUGGUGUGAUUCUUCCCUGUGAGCGAGGGCUCGAUCCCCUUUGGAAGAGGCGGAACGUUGAGUAUCUUCAACCCUUAACGCGCCUGGAAAGGCGGCUCAGCUACAGCGACUCUGAUUUGAAGAGGGCCGCGGCACUCCUGGAGCAAGGGGAGACUCCUUGGACGGUCCCUGCCCAGGUCCUGCUCUGCCAAAACCUCAGGCAACAGAAGCCUGUGAGCCAUUGCUGCACCCCGCAGUCCCCAGGGCUGGAAUUAAAUAAGGAAGCAUUUGUUCGUGGUACAUUUUCUUUCUGGAAUCAGUCUAAGGUGGGAGGCUUGGAAGGACCCAAAGAUGAUGAGUCACCACUUUUCCAUAGAAAGGACAUCCCAAAGGAAAUAAAACGGAGUAGAACCUUCUCUGCAGGUGUCUCAGGGUCACACAACCCUGGGGAGCCAUUCACACCCAGCUCUGCAAAUGUCCAUAAGGAUCCAAACCCCUCUCACCAGCCAGUGGCCCGCUGCCGGCAUGACACUUGUGGCUGGGGCCCGGCUUCUAUUGAGGAGGACAGCCAGCCCCACUCUAGCCCUCUAGAUGGUGGCUCCAGUCCCAGAGCACAGUUCUCAGAUGGACACGAAACCCACCAGAGCAAAGAACUGUCCGAAGCAGCACCACACACUGCUUUGCCAUCUGAACCGAGUGUCCAGGCGAGGAGAAUACUGGCAGCCAAGGCCCUGGCAAAUUUAAAUGAGUUCGUGGAAAAGGAGGAAGUUAAAAGGAAGGUAGAAAUGUGGCAGAAAGAACUAAACUCCCGAGAUGGAGCUUGGGAAAGAAUAUGUGGCGAGAAAGACCCUUUCAUCCUGUGCAGUUUGAUGUGGUCUUGGGUGGAGCAGCUAAAGGAGCCUGUGAUCACCAAAGAGGACGUGGACAUGUUGAUUGACAAGCAAGCAGAUGCCGCAGAGGCGCUGUUUUUAUUAGAAAAGGGACAGCAGCAGACCAUCCUUUGCGUGUUGCACUGCAUAGUGAACCUGCAGACUCUCCCUGUGGAUGUGGAGGAAGCUGUGCUGGCUCAUGCCAUUAAAGCCUUCACUAAGGUUAAAUUUGAUUCUGAAAAUGGACCGUUAGUUUACAACACCCUGAAGAAAAUAUUUAAGCACACGCUGGAAGAAAAGCGAAAAAUUAUAAAAAACAGCCCUAAGCCUGGCCUCUAGCACAGCCAGCUGUGCCCUCGUGGUGACUGUUCCUGACAGGAAGAUCCAAGUCCCACUUCUGUUCGUGUAUGAACACAUUGAACUUGUGGAGCCACUUGUUCUCAUAGCACUUUGCUUUGAAUGCUGUUGAUUUGUGCUGAGAACGAUUGUUCCUGUAUAGAGCAAUUAUUUAUUUAAUACAUCCUUGAGCUACGUUUUUGUUUUGAAAAAUUGCCAUAAAGUUGGUGCCACUUUCUUUUAUUUAUUUGACUAAAUUAUUAUUGUUGUAUUAACAUUUUAAGUAUGUGGUGUUUACAUCCUUAUUCUUUUUGAUAUC